UGGUACGCGGCCGACGCCGUCAAACAAGCCGCGCUUGUUGCGGCCAAUGAAGACGGUCAUGCGAUCGACGCAGCGGCGGCGGAUCGCGUCACAGUUGUGGCGAUCCUCGGAAACGCCUUGAUCGCGAAUCAAGGAGGAAACCAGAAUCCAAACAUGGACUUCGCAACGGUCAACACGCGCCAACGGCUCAUUGCAGUCUGCCAGGCGUGGGGCCUCCCGACGGGCGGGACGAAGCCGGCCAUCAUGCAACGCAUCUUGGCGCGCGUCCAACAGAUCGGCGUCAACGGGCAGCCACCGGCAGACUACACGAUCGGCUGCUAUAACUUCGUCAUCUACGCAGACGGAAGCAACAACCAAGUCGCACAAGCGGUGGAAGGUCCGGCAAACCAGAAUCCGGCACCACAGCCGGCAGUUUUUGACCAGCAUCACCCGAUGGCACCGGCACCACCGCCGCCGGCGGCGCAACCACAAGGUCAUGGCCAAAUCCAAGCGGCCAUCCAAUAUCAGAUGCAGAACAUGCAGCAGCAAAUGAGCCAACAGUUGUUGUUCAUGCAGCAGCAAAAUCAACAGCAGGUGCAGCAGGCAAUCGCAGCGGCGAUUGCAUUGGUUCCGCAAAACCCGGUCGUGCCACCGCCAGGACUCCUCGGAGUAGGCUUGGCGCAGGUCAACACGGAAACAUCACCGUACGACCCCGGAAACGUGCUUGGAAAUGCACAUCAAUGGGUGCAGGGCCGCGCCAUGAACUGGGUCGACAUGCACGACCCGCAACACGCGGUGGCUUGGCGCAACAAGCACAGCACUGCGCUGUUCACGGACGAGGCCACCAUGCGCGCAAACGUGCGCUCCAUCUGCCUGGGCCACAAUGCAUACCUCGAUGCGGACAAGUUUCGUGCGGUGUCCUGCAGCAUGUUCAUCAUGCCGGACACAUUUGCGUACAAGUUGAUCGCCGAGAGCGGAGUUAAUGCAGGCGUCAUGAGACAGGCCAUCGUCCUCGCCAUGAUCAACGGAAUCUCCUCCGAACAGCAACUGGUAGAACAUGCCGCGACCUGGGAACCGACAAACAACUGGUCCAAAAAGGCGGCCACCACAGCAAAAAACGUGGGUUGGAUGGACGACGGAGUCAAGGCGGAAGACAACAUCACGCAAGGACGCGUACGCGCGUGCCUCACGGACAUCAUCAAGGAGUACACGGAAUGCCUGCCCACCUACGUCACCGCCACAAACAACCGUGAAUACAACAUGGAGCCGCUACUCGUACUCAUCGCGAAGUGCCGAAACGGUGAGAUUCGCAAGCUGGGAGAAGCCAUCGUCGACACCUCCUUCGUCAAAGACGACCAUAAGCCGGACAGCAUGCAAGUCAUGUGCCGCAUGCUGCUCGCGCUCGGCGAGACUGACACUUUGCAUGAGGCAGAACGGCUAACCGACGCACAUAAGCACAAGCUGCGCUCCGUCACAAUGGGGGAACUGGUCUACCACAUCAUUCCAGCCUUGGUCUUUCUGCUACACGCGCCACAACAGCCGUCAACCUUUCUGGGCUCACCGGCUAGCAACGACGAACGCGCAACUCCGUAUCUGCUCAUGCACGGAUGGCAGAUCAUCACAGCUAACAUCGAAGCACGCAAACGCCACUACCAGGCCAAAAAGCGCGGAAACGACGAUGGCGACGGCCCCGGAAACAAGCACCAUCGCCCGAACGGCGGUGGCGGCGGAGGAUCAGGAUCCGGCUCUGGAUCGGGAGCACCAGGCGGAAAAGGCUCCUACAGCGGAGGAGGCUGGAGUGGCGGCUCGUACAACGGUGGAUCAUACGGCGGGGGAAACUGGAAGUAUGGCGGCGGCUGGAACGCGGGCGACGGCUACAACAAAAAGUCCAACAACGCCUACGGAGGCACCGGCGGCGACGGCUACGGAAAGUGGCAGGAGGAGGAGCAGCCACUCUACUACGCGCCAGAGUUCAACAACAACGGUUCCGGACGAAUCGCGGGAAACUACAAUCGCGGGCUCGACGCGCCGGUAGCUGGCGAUGACAAGCGCAUUCACCGAACCACCUACACGGAGAAGCGCACCACGGACACCAUCAGCCGGGAGCUGAACAACAGAAAUGAUAAGCACGCCGACCCGUGCAUCGGCCGCGCUUUCGGAAAGCACAUGAGCUUCGUGUUCGAUGAAUUCGGAAUCCCAUGGGUGGUGGACCGCCAAUUCAUCAUCGAGGACUCCAUCGUCCAGGGCGCUGGGCUGCCGGCGGGAGUCUGCAAACGCUUCUACCAGUCCGGAAACUGCGGCCACAGACGGUGCAAAUACUACCACAAAACUCCGCAACGCUGGGUCUACACGUCGGACCCGGAUGCCAGUCAAGAUAUGGCGGCGGAUGGCGCAUGGCGCUGGAUCAUAACCUGCCAGGUCUGUAAAGCGAAAGGCCAACGCUUCGUCAUCUCCGCAAAGAAGAAGGCUAUCUGUUUGCCGGUGGAUCGCACCGAGGAGGACAGCUACAAGAAGGCGCUUAACGCGUAAAGCACGAACCUCCGACCAAAAAAGCGGCGGCGGGCGCUAUAACCCGUGGAGUUGCCUCUAAUAGGAGGAAUAGCGCGGUGCAUCAUGUGUGCAUCACAACAAUUUGUGCUAAAACCAGCUCCCACCAGCUUGAGCUAAAAGGAGAAAGCUCCUGCGAAAACAUAUCUAUGCAAGAAGAGCGAGUGUGUAGAUGAAAACCCCAAAAACACAAACAACCCCCGUCGGGGGUACUUGCGCGUAGCAACGCGUUCGCGAGUAAUCUGCCGCGGGCAGAGCAGCGGCGCUGCAAAUCUCUGUUCACCAACUGACGUAAAGUCGAAUCGGUAAUCUGGUCCGCGGAUGAGGCCGUCUAGCGUGU